CGCCUCCCGCCUCGCGGGUUGGGCGGCGGGCCGUCCGGGGUGUGGCCGCGGUGGGCCCCUCCUCCGCGGGCUCCAGGCCGCGGGGGGUCCCUCCGCUCUCAGGUCUCCGCUCACUUCUCCACCGCCGCUCGCAGUCCGCCCUCCAACCGGACCAUGGCCCACGCGGAGCGCACCUUCAUCGCGGUCAAGCCGGACGGCGUCCAGCGCGGUCUCGUGGGCGAGAUCAUCAAGCGCUUCGAGCAGAAGGGAUUCCGCCUCGUUGCCUUGAAGUUCCUUCAGGCCUCUGAGGAACUCCUGAAGCAGCACUACAUUGACCUGAAAGACCGGCCCUUCUUCCCGGGGCUGGUGAAGUACAUGGGCUCAGGGCCAGUUGUGGCCAUGGUCUGGGAGGGGCUGAAUGUAGUGAAGACAGGCCGAGUGAUGCUUGGAGAGACCAACCCAGCGGAUUCUAAGCCAGGCACCAUUCGCGGGGACUUCUGCAUUCAAGUUGGCAGGAACAUCAUUCAUGGCAGUGAUUCAGUAAAAAGCGCUGAGAAAGAAAUCAGCCUGUGGUUUAAGCCCGAAGAAUUGGUUGAGUACAAGUCUUGUGCUUUUGACUGGAUCUAUGAAUAAGAGGUGGACAGAGCAUCAGUCCCCUUUGGCACGGCCUGAUGUGUCCUGAGACACAGCUCUUCAUUCCAUGGACUUGGAAGCAGUAGGAUGGGUCUUCCCUGAGGCGUAUUUACCAAUAAAGCCUUUAAAAACUG